AGUGGAUCAUAGAUCUCUCUCUCUCUCUCUCUCGUGGCCUUGCGAGAAUUUCAGUUGUCUGUGAAGCCAUGGCAGUGGGAAGCUCCACAGAGUGGAAGAUCAGUGUGUGAAAUAUUCAGAGAGAAACGAAAGACUCUGUGUUAUGGGUUUCACAAUGGGCUUGAAUUUGCUUCUUCUUGUUGCCAUGGUGGCCACCAAUAUUCUUUCUCUCUACCAUCUCUCUUCUACGCUUCAAUCCACUAAAUCCCCUGUUUCACAGCCGGUUCCAGAUCAUCUCAUCCGGCAGCUUCAGACGAUACGCGCCACCAUCAACCACCUCACGCGCUUGCAUCCAACGGCGGCGGCUUCCGCGUCGAAAACUAAACUCUCUAUACCUUCAGAUCUCGUUCUGUACUCUCAAUUUUCCCCAAUUGCUUCAUCUUGUCAUACUAAUCCUGAGCUUCUUCAUAAGUUUAUGAAUUACACUCCGUUUUCGAGUUGCCCUUCUGACUCUGAUCUCGCUGAGGCUUUGAUUCUUCGUGGGUGUCACCCACUUCCUCGUCGGCGGUGCUUUGCCAAAACCCCACAAAAACCCUCUUCUUCUUUGCCUCAAAAUCCCUUUGCUUCUUCACUUCCGGAGUCCAAUAUUAUUUGGGAGAAAUAUUCUUGUAAGGGUCUUGGCUGUUUGAAUCGGUUGAAUCCCAAUCUGGGGUUUGAUCCUUCUCAUGAAAUCACCAAGUUUAUGACCUUCAAGACCGAAUUGGACCUCCCAAUCCCCCAAUUACUGCAGAUUGCGAAGGCGGCUAACUCUGUUCUUCGUCUUGGACUUGAUAUUGGUGGUGGAACCGCCACUUUUGCUGCAAGAAUGAAGCUCUACAAUGUUACUAUGGUCACUACGACUAUGAACCUCGGCGCGCCGUACAACGAAGUUGCGGCGCUUAGGGGAUUGGUGCCUUUGCACGUACCGCUGCAGCAGCGGUUGCCCAUUUUUGAUGGAGUGAUGGAUCUAGUUCGGUGUGGCCAUGCUGUGAACCGGUGGAUUCCUGUGAAAUCGAUGGAGUUUUUGUUCUAUGAUUUGGAUAGAGUGUUGAGAGUUGGAGGUUACCUUUGGUUUGAUCAUUUCUUCAGCAAAGGGGUGGAUCUUGAUAAACUUUACUCUCCUUUGAUUACCAAAUUGGGUUAUCGGAAGGUCAAGUGGGCGACAGCGAGUAAGACCGACUCAGGCGGGUUGAAAAAUGGGGAGGUUUACUUGACGGCAUUGUUGCAGAAGCCAGUGCCAUCAUGAGACAUUUUCAAAACAUUGACACAGGCAGUAUGAAGAGAACCUGCGGCUUGGAUUAUAGGAGGAAGCAAUUAUUUGAAUGGAAAUGUCAAAUUCUUGUGUAAGAAGAAGAUGGUAUUUUACAUAAAAACUCAAAUAUUUAUCCAACCCACCAUGGACUGCUCAUCUGGCAAAGCUACUGAGAGUUUGAACAAAAAUGAAACGAAAUGGUGGUUAAAGAAGGGCAUCCAGACACCGUUUAUGUUUGAAAUAGAAGUUUUUACAGACAGAAAUGGUGGCUGCUUUAUUUAUUAUUGUAGGUUCUGUUGGAUUUCUAUAUGGUUUUGUUUUGAUUCUCUUGAAAAUUGUUGGUUGUAUUGUACAAGUUAGGAUGACUGACCAUGCAAAAUUGUAGUAAUGGUCAAAGUUCAGAAACAGAAAUUGUCAUUUCUCAUUAGACAUCUUGUUCUAGCAUUACAGUUUUUUUUCUUUCUGGGGCAGAAUUUGUUACACUAUACAUUCAUAUUUGAGUAUAUUAUAUUUGAAUUUGGAAACA